GAGCGCUCGCCGCUGACAUUUACGUAGUGCGCCCUGUGCCGCCUUCGAAGCGCGCGCCUUUCGUGAAAAAAAAAACCAAUUCCAUAUUUGAAAUUGUGAAAAAAACAUCCGACUUCAAUGUGUCAAAACUCAAACCUAUUUUAAUCUUCUUAUUAUUUUUCUUCUGUAACUGGCCAGUGUUUUUUUUUGUUUUUAACAGUGAGUUUUUCUGUGUGUUAGUUUUGGGGGAGAAAGCUCAUUUUUCAGAGCAUCUCUAUAGCAACGCUGACGUCAAGUUCAGGGGCGGCUGGUGCAUUUUGGUUCGAUAGCUGUAUUUUGGGGGUGUUUAUGCGUUGUUUUGAAUCUCGCAAGUUCUGUGGAACUGCUGCUCAAGAGUGUUGUGAAGCAGUGACCGUGCAGUGAGACACAAACAUCGCCAGUGUUCAACGCAGUGUGUGUAGUGUAGUAACUGACGAUUCUGCAAUAAUCGAGUUCUGCAUCGAUUCAAUGUGUGAAUGACCCAAAUGCCAAGAGUUUAUGGACAAGUGCACUUAUAUCAGGAAUCAUGAGUCUGAUGGCGAUCAUCAAGUUCGGGUACGCGCUGGUGGUGGUGACCCUCCUGCUGAUGAUCUGGGCCUCGCUGUCUGGCGCUGAACUGCACGUGGACACGGGCCACCCGCCAUGUUUGUUCCAAGCUCUCUGCACAUGCUCCAAGCCGGCCGGGGACCUCGGCAUCGUGAGCUGCCUCCACGCUCCGCUGCGCCGAGUGCCCGCUGCCGUCAACAGCUCCAAGCUGUUUACGCUGCAGCUGCACCAUAACAGCAUCAGAGAUCUGGAGCCGCAGUUCUUCCAGGCUACUGGUCUGUACCGGCUGGCGAUCAGUCAGAACCCUCUCGAGAGCAUCCACGAGGAGGCUUUCUAUGGCCUGGACAACACCCUGUGGGAGCUGGAGCUGAGGGAAGAUGGGCUGACGUCGGUGCCCAGCCGGUCCCUGAGGUACCUGCAGAAGCUCAGGCUACUGGAUCUGGCAGGCAACGAGAUAUCCGACAUAUCAGGCGACAACUGGCGCGGUCUCGAGAACACUCUCCAAACCCUCAUCCUGGCAGACAACUCCAUCGCCAACCUGCCUCCUGACGCGUUCUCCGGCCUGCCCAUGCUGGAGACCCUGGACUUGCAUGGGAACCACCUCGCCAUCAUCGAGAGCGGCGUGUUUAGGGAUGGCAUGAGCCGGCUUAAUCGGCUUUACCUGCAAGACAACCAACUUACCUACAUCCCGUAUGAAGAGAUAUCUCCGCUGCGCCAGUUGAAAGUUCUAGAUCUUUCUAACAACGUGAUCAAGCAAGUGCCUCCUGCGCACGAGCUGAACAACGUACGCCUGUCGCUAGAUGUUUUGAAGCUCGAUAACAACAUCAUCCGGAUUUUAUACCCUGGCUCUUUCAAGUACUUCAACGUGCUCAACCAAACAUCGCUGGACGGAAAUCCUAUUUAUCUUAUUCGGGAAGAUGCCUUCCGCAACGCCAAGAUCCGUUCUCUCUCGCUCCGCGACUGCGGCCUCACGGAGCUGUCGCCCGCGUCCUUCGCCGGCCUGGAGACCAGCCUGCAGACGCUGGACAUCUCAGAGAACAACCUGACGGCCAUCUCGCGCUUCAUGCUGAAUAAACUCGACUCGCUGCGGUCGCUCAACUUGAGGGAGAAUCGGGUGGACAUCAAUCUUCUAUCAAUGAGUACGCCUUCCGACUACGCGCAGUCUUCGUUCAGCAACUUUCAGUACAAAUUGUUUUAUCUGGACGUUAGUGGCGCAUCUUCGAUCGAUAUGACUCUCCAAGAUGUGAGACGAAUGCGUUCCCUCCGAUAUCUUUCAGUGAGCAAAUUGCUGAGAAGAAGUCUAAGGUCUGAAGAUUUCCUAGAGUUUGGAGUAGAGUUGGAAGAUCUGAAGAUUAUCGGCAGCACCAUCAACAGAAUCGAGGGUAGUGCCUUCGAGCACGUCCGAUCAAUUAAGACUUUGGACAUGUCUGAAAAUAACAUUGAAUUUAUUGAUCCAUUUGCUUUCGCUGAGUUGCACAGUCUGAAUACUCUAAAACUGGCCAACGGUUUAGCUGAUUCAGUAAAAAUUCUACCUUUCGAGCCACUGAAAGCGUUGAUAGAGCUCCAGUACUUAGACAUGAGUAAUAAUAAGCUGAAAAACGUACCCGACACAUCUUUUCACUUCUUGUACAAGCUAAAGACGCUGAAUCUUCAGGACAACAUGAUUGAAAGCUUUUCUAAAGGAACUUUGCAGGGUGAUAUUCACAGAGAGCUUGAAAGCAUAGCGCUAUCGUUCAACCAACUCCGUCAAAUAGAGAUGCAUACUUUCGUAGAUCUUAGGGAACUGCAGUACAUUCUUCUAGAAGACAAUCUCAUCGAUUCUAUUCAUAGAAGAGCGUUUACUAGUCUUGAUAAUUUAAAAGUUAUAAAAUUAAGAGGAAACAGAAUCAACGAAAUCACUGAAGAAGCCUUCCAAAAUUUACCAGCUCUAAAAGAGUUGGAUAUUUCUUUCAAUAAUUUAGAUACGUUUAAAUUCUCGAUAUUUGAUCAAGUUGGAUCAGCAACUGCCUUGAAAGUGAACUGUUCGUACAACAGAAUAGUCACAUUGACAGACUCCAACGCUCCCAGCUUCUUCACUUCAAACUUCUAUGCUCCACCGAAGGCUCAGAGUCUUGGAACAGUCUCCGUCAAUAUAAGAGUUUUGGAUUUCUCACACAAUAAUAUCACCUACAUCGCUCCUUACUACUUUAGGCAUGCAGAUUUGACUCUGUCCGAACUGCACUUGUCACACAAUCGCAUCAGGAACAUCACCCGGGAAGUCUUUGGCUCCAUGCUAAUGUUGCAGUACUUGGAUUUGUCACACAACCAAAUUUUCGACCUGGAAUACGAUUGCUUCAAGAAAGUGAAGAAUUUACAGAUAGUAGAUAUGUCUCAUAACCAUAUCAUAGAAAUCCCAGUGGAGAUAUUCCAAGAGAUGCAGACGUUAUCGUCAGUUGAUCUGUCAGAUAACCAUAUACGGCAAUUAGCGGAUAAUUUGAUCCCAUCCAGUGCAUUAGAACGGCUAGACCUAUCGGAUAAUGAGUUAUCAAGGAUACCUACAAACUGCCUCUCUCAAGGUGCAGCAGGAAACCUAGUGGAAUUCGAUCUGAGUGGCAACAACAUUCCUGCCGUGGCUAUCGCAGACUUGGUACUCAGAUUCCGGAGCGGAGAAGGCGAGUAUUGGCAGGAGGAACCAGACUACAAUGACGAAUAUAUGUACCACACCGCUAGACGCGACCACCAAAGAGUGUUCCAUCAAAAAAAGCAAUAUCCCCAGAAUAUACUGUACAAGUCUUUAGCGUGGCUUGAUUUGUCAAAUAAUCACUUGGUAAGAAUAGAAGGAGGAUCUUUUGCUGCAGUACCAAGACUGAAAUGGUUGGAUAUUAGUAACAACUCACCAUUCACUACCGAAAGAGGAAAUAGUGUUUUCAAAGGAUUGGAAAGGAGAUUGUCUCACUUGGGCUUGAGAAAUAUCAGUAUGCUGUUUAUACCUUCUCUGCCGUUGCCUAAACUAAAAAGUUUAGAUCUUUCAUUCAACAAUUUGCCAUCGAUCCCUCCAGAAACGACACAGAAUUUGACAAAACUUCGGAAAUUAGAUCUAUCUUACAACGAUCUAACUACUGUACCAGUUGCAACUCACACGCUCAACGAGUUAAGAUGGCUAUCAUUAUCUGGAAAUCCUAUAACAGCACUUAUGAACACAAGUUUAUACGGAGUUUCACCUCGCCUCGAAUAUCUCGACGUUACACGGCUUAGGAUCAAAAUUUUUGAGACUGGAGCAUUCAGCAAAAUGUACGCAUUGCGAACUCUUAAAAUAACAGCCUACUCGAACGCAAGAGACUUCAACGUACCAAGAAUGCUUACCAACAAUGCUGGCUUAGAAAACUUAUACAUUGACGUCGACGAUUCGAGCAUCAACCUGGGCAAAGAGAUGAAUGGUCAACUACCGUGUAAACUGGACAACAUUACCAUUACUGGUAGAGCAAUGAGGUUCUUGUCAGAAUACCUUCUAAACGGUGUACAUUCUAAAAAACUUCGGCUAACGAUCUUCAACACAAGUAUUGAGGAAAUCGACCAGGCGGUAUUCUGGCAGCCAGGACGCGUCAGGAACUUGACACUGGACCUUCGAAUGAACUAUUUGACAAGAGUUCCGAAUCCUUCUCAAAGAGAGUGGCCGGGAGUACCCAACUCUGUGUUCCUUCAGGAUAUACUGAUAUCUGGAAAUCCCUUGAUUUGUGAUUGUGGAAUCGGAUGGGUAGAAGCAUGGGAUCGCAAAAGAAGACAGUAUUUAUGUGAAAGCCCAUCGAAAUGUAUAACAACAAGAGACGAUGUGAGAUUUGCAACAUGUCCAUCAUACGACAACAGAACUUUGAGUGAUGUGCUGGCCAGAGAUCUAGAUUGUGGAUUUGGACGAGGAUUCCUCAACUCUCCCAACAUCAUGAUAAUGAUAGUCAUGUCCUUAUUGACGGCGCUCUAUAUUUGAGGAUUGUUUUGGCUUUUCGGGAUCUACGUAGAUUUCUAUGAUCUGUUGCAUAGAAUUUACGGCGUCUAAGCCAACCUAAGACAUCAUUGAUAUUGGUGUUGCCUUAUACGGAGAUGGAUGAAUUCUGUCUUGCGGGAUACUAUUAGAAGAUUCUUAAAGAUUUAAAGUUCCGUUAUAGUCUUAAUUAUGGAUAGUUUAAAAGUUACAGACAUAUGGAAUUUUUAAAUGUUACAGUAAGACUCCUACUGGCCUAAAUAUUAACUGAAAUCUUCUCCAAUAUGUGAUCCCAUAGCCAAGACGGUAGUGAUAAAGGAUUUUGAAGUAUACUACACAGGUGUUAAUGUUAAAUGUGAGGAAAAUAGUCAAGAUUAAUUUAAGAGCUGUGUAUGUUGAAAU